GCGGACACUGACACGACUGAGCCUCUCUUCAGACGAGCCGCGCCCGCUGCAGGACCAGGCGUCUCCCCCCCUUCUGCCCGGCCGAAGUAGUCGAUCUCCCCGCUGCGAGUAUGAGUGUGGCGGUGGCGGAGGGCUGUCUCCUGUCCGCCCUGCAGCCCAAGUCCUCCUGCACCGCUUAUGUGGUCCCCUCGGACGGCCCGUCUCCGGACCCUGCGGCCAAAGCCAGGAGAGUCCAGGAGCAGGUCCGGAUGCGGCUAGCUGAGAAGAAGUCAUCCUCCCUGCCCAGGCUGGAGGACUCGCUGUUCGGACCGACAGAUUACAGCCUUCCUGAUCCAAAGAGAUUUACCACUACCCAUGGUUUCAGUUCCAGAUCCAUGAUACACACACCCAGCCGCAUCAUGGCUGUUCCCACAGUUCCCCUUCGCUCCUCUGGUUUCUCCUCUCAGUCUGCUGUGGAAACAAGUUCCAAGAUGAGCCAUAAAGGAACCGGCAUAGUACAGAGCAACUUCAAGACCUUGCAGUCACAGAGCAGAACCAAGCGCUCUAAGUCACUGUGCCAGGCUGACCAGGAGGGGUUCCUCACUGUUUUGGUUCCUCCAGAGAAUGCCUCCCACCCAAACACUAUGCUUCCCCCAGGCACCCUUAGGCGCAGCCUCAGUGGGAUACUGGCCCAGGAAAGAGGCUACUGGCAAGAGGAGGAGCUGCCGUAUCAGUACACCUACAAGGGCCCCUCCCACCGCACCAUCAGCCGUAUCACCAACCGUCAGCAGAACUACCAGCCGCAGGGAUCUGCCUUUGACAAGGAGGGCUGGCUGGGGACUAGCAGGGGGGUCCCCAUGGCAGGGGACGGCUGGGGAACACAGUGGCAGCAGCAUGUGUCCAGGGCCAACAAUGUCAUGGGGACAGGGCAGUACCAAGCCCACCUCCAUCGGGCUGCCUCACUCCGCAGUGUGAGGAGUGUUGGGAAAGGAGUGGAUGUCUUGGAAGGAGCAUCAAUACACAGCAAUGACCCACUGGGAGAUUUGCAGAGUCUGGACAUGGCUACAGCUGUCAGAUAUCUGUCUGAAUCAGACACUGCCUUGCAAGUUCUGGGAGCUGCAUACAUACAACACCAGUGUUACCAUAGCAAUGAUGCCAAAAACCAGGUGCGUGUGCUGCAUGGCAUUCCAGCUCUGGUUCAGCUUUUCACCAGUGACAACCAAGAGGUGCAGCGUUAUGCCACCGGUGCAACACGGAACCUCAUCUACGAGAACACUGACAACAAGGUGGCUCUCAUAGAUGCCGGCGGAGUGAUACGUCUCGUCAGUAUCCUGAGUGAACCUGACGAGGAGCUUCGAAAGAUCAUCACAGGUGUCCUAUGGAAUCUGUCCUCCAGAGACAACCUAAAGGAGAAGUUGUCCAAGGAAGCUUUAUCAGAGCUGACAGAAAAAGUACUGAUUCCUCUGUGCAGCCGCAUUCCACUAUGCCCAUCUGAGAGAGAAACAUUCUACAACACCACUGGCUGCCUCAGGAACUUGAGCUCAGUAAAUGAGAGGACAAGGCAGAAGAUGAGAGAUAUGCGAGGCCUGGUGGACUCUCUGGUGUCCUACAUUCAACAAGAGGAGAGGACUGAUGACAAGGGUUUGGAGAAUUCAUUGUGUGUGAUGAGGAAUCUGUCCUACCAGCUGUACACGGAGCUUCCUCCCUCAGUCCGCAUCCGUCUGGAGGGACCAACGAGAGCUUCUGCCCCCAGGCACAGUUCGUCCAUCGAUUGCUUUACUCUGUAUAGCAAAAAAACUGCGGAGCAGCGUAACCAGAAUCCGUCCAUACUGUCUGAGGUGUCCCGACAUCCCAAAGGGGCUGAGUGGCUGUGGCACCCUAAGGUGGUGGUGCUGUACAAGCUUGUUCUUCAAAAAGGGGACAUCAGCUCCACCAGCCGCGAGGCUGCCAUAGGAGCCCUGCAGAAUAUCACUACAGGAGAUUCCAGGUGGUCAUCAGUGCUGAGUGCUGUGGUGAUGGAGCAGGAGACAAUGCUGCCCAUCCUUCUGGAUCUGUUAGACACCAACAGUGACAUGGAGCUGAGGCCUCUGAGUGGCCUGCUGAGAAAUUUGGCCAGACAGUCCACCAACAAAGACCACACAGCUAAGAACAUGGUUAAUGUUCUGUUGUCCAAGCUGCCUUGUGAUGGCCUUCAGAAAACGCCAUCCAGCGAGGUGGUGGUCAACAUCUGUGGAGCCCUCAAUCACCUGGUCACCUGCAGUUACGUGGCAGCACGUGAAAUCACGUACUAUAACGGCCUGCCAAAACUGGUGGGCAUUAAGACAUUCCAUGAUAACAGCUCUGGGAGUCUAAAAGCUGCCAGAGCAGCCUCAACUGUCCUCUACAACAUGUUCCAGUACAACAAGCUGCACAAAGACUACAAACUGAAAGGAUUUGCCAGACGAGACUUCACAGAUGCCACCAUCUAGACUGCGGCAUGUGACAUGAUUCAUUCCGAGCCUUUGACCUCUGGAUCAAAGUUGCUAUGAGGAAAAGAGGAGGAGCGACAAAAGGUUUUCAUGAACAUAUGAUCUCUUUGUGAUGGACUUACAGGAAGAAGAAAAAUAGAUUGGAGCCAACGGAAAGAUGGACUUAAAGUUUACCCUCUCUUAGGUAGUUGUUGUCUUAGCUUGAUUCCAGCACAUAGGCUGUGAUGACAGGAACUUAAUAGCAUCCAUACAAAAAAGUGGACCUCAUCCCCAAAACUAUCAUAUACUGUCUGUGUGUAUUAGGGUUUGACUGAUAAGGGUAUUUGACACUGACACUGAUUCCAAUUAUUAUGUACUGAUGUUGCUUAUAGCUGAUAUAUGAUGCCCACACACACACAUCAACACAAAAUCCAAUCAGUGUAUGGAGUGUGUGUGGCCAAGCAGUGUGGAGAAAAAAAAAGGACAGUGUAGGUGAAAAAAUGAGGUAAAGGGAAAAGGUGGAGCUCAGAGGGAGCGCACGAAAAGGAGAGAAACCCUGGAGGAAAGUGCAGCUUGUUCGCUUCUCGAGCAAAGUGACGUAGUUAAUGUUUAAAAAAAAACAAAAAACAUAGAUAGUAAAACAUACUUUCAGGGCCCUCCGCACAUUAUAUCAUCUGGAGUCGAUCCUACGUUUUAAAAACGUAUUGAUGACAUCAACACUCGAUCAUGCUAUGUAGGAAGUGAUUGAAAUAUUGAAAUAUUGAAACUGAAGACCUUGAAACUAAAGAGCUGCCAGAGUCCAGUCGGAGCUCUGAGGAAAUGCCAGGUGCGAAACAAACACCCUAAAAGUUUAUAUAUAGAGAUAUUUAUUCAUCUAGCCUUAAUCAGUGCUUAGAGUAACAUUUGAGACUGAAGACACUUGGCUUCUUUUCAUUUUUUGGAUAGUGUUUGAAGCAGUUUUUGUGUUUAUUAUUAAAAUAAGAUGUUACUGGCGUAAACAGUAAACAGAAAAAAUAUUUACUCCACACAGUAACAGUGUACGCCAUCCGCUGCCAGUAUGUGGAGAUUAGCCGGGACGUUAGAUUCCCGGCCUGAGUGUGUAUCCCCUUCCUGCCCUGACUCUGAUGAUGAUCGGGUCAAAAUUACAAUUUGUCCAGCAGCUUAUGACCAAACACCUGCAAACUAAUGACACUUCCAUAUGGCUAGAGGUGUUUAGUACAUGUAUGAACAAAUCUUUAUCGAUGAAUUUUUAAAGUGAACGGACUAUACUGAUGCACCAGUGUCCCAGACUGAAUCGGUAGCUUUUGGCAGUGGAGUGCCCCUCACUGGUUUCUAAGAACACUGUGCUGUGAUUAACAUUAUGUUACUUCCUUGUUCUUCGUAAUCUGAUACGUCGGAACUAAUUGGCUGCUGAGCAAAUAACCUUAUGUACAGGGCUCGUACUGUAUAGACUAGUUUUGUACUGAACUGAGCGUGACAGUUUGGACUAGCACCAGACUGAACAUACUACUGAAGACAGUCAGAAUCAACCCUGAACGUCAUGCCGCCCGAAUGUUAAUGCGUUCACUCACUGUUGUACAUACCGAAGUGCCUUCGAUCAGUGGUGCGGCCUCUUACCUUAGGGAAAAAGGUGAACAACCUCCAUGGCGACCAUGAAUCUUUCAGCUAAACUGAACAAAGUGAUUCAAAUCAGCAAAGUCAUUCAUAAUUUUCCACCCCUACAUUAGCCUGUUUUCACGAGCAAGUGUCUUGAGCUUACAAUGAGGUAAAUCACGACCUUGAGAAAUAUACUGUAUGUGCAGUGGAAUGCGUUUAAAGAUGGCAAAAAUGGUGUGUAAUUUGAGAAAAAAAACCCCACUCCUACUACGUCCCAUAUAAUCAGUCUAGUCAAAGAAAAUUUGGUUAUAAAGCUGAAGCCUCACGAUAAUCUCUGAACUCCGGCGAGGCUAGUGGGACAGAGAGUGAAGGGUGAACAAAGUAACAGUAGGGAGGACAGACAGGCUUGUGUGGAAGACCGAAAGAGCAAACAAAGGAAUUUCUCUGGGAAGACGUGUGGGUGAGAGUGCUGUAACCCUCAGACCGGGGGUUCAUCCAACAGAGGAUACCGCAGGCGUGCAGAAGCUUCACAGCCUUUUAACCAGCAGGGAGGAAGGGAAGGGCUCAGCCUGACUGGGGAAUAAAAGACCUAGAUCUGCAGCGGGAAAAACUGGACAAAGUGGCUUCAACAUGAAGACCACCUACCACUUGAAACAGAGAAUGAGUGAAUCUUAGAGUUCCUAAGGCUAAAAGAUAUCCAUUAUGCUGCUGACAGUUCUUUUCAUGAACAUCCAUUCGCUUCCCCUCACUUCUCGGGGCGUCAAGUAUGUUAAGCUGCAUCCAAGUAGGAUGUGGACAGUAAGUUAGAUCAAAGAGAAUCGCAUUGUUUAUUGAGUAAUGCAGUUGUCUUACAUGUGUUUUCCUUUACUUUCUCUCAUAGACUGUAUCCCUUGUCCUCCCAUUUUGUAGUCCACAUAUGCCAGCAAGUUUUCUGGUCUAACUAUGCUGUUGUUAAUCUAUGCAAGGCUAGAACCUUUCCUGGGAUUUGAUACGUUUUCAGGUGAGAAAGUAAGCAAUUAGCUUGCUAAUUCCUGGUCAGUUUAUCUAAAAGAUGUCUUUUUGGAAAUUUGGCUCUGAUGUUUCAUCUCAGCAUCUCGCAGUCCGGCUCACAAGAGGAGCGACCGGUCGAUGUGCGACGUCAUCCUCUGAAGAAGGGUCUUUUUCUUGAUAGCCGUUUGGUAAUUUACUGCUGACUCUAUUGACUCUAUCUCUAUUGUAGAAUCUUAAUGUAUCUUAUAAUUCCCUCUGGAAGAUAAAAUUUGGUCUCUGACUUGAACUAA